GUCUUCAAAGCAAUUACGCGAUAGAUAACCAUUUUAAACGUGUUUUUACUUACAACAACAUCAGCGAAUGUUAAAUUUCAUAAAAAUCGUGACAUUGGAAACGAACAUCGCGAAGGUGUCAAAACGUAGAUUAGAAUCUGAUUUAUCGUAUGUUAUUACUGUAUACAAUUUAACAUCUGUGUAAAUACCGUGUUUUUAAGAGCAGACCGCCGAAAAAUUGUAGUGCGUUGUUUAGUUGUACACGAAGGAAGAUGUUGUUCAAUGAAUUGUUUAAAGCUCUCACAAGAAAAAGAGUUGACGAAAUCAGUGAAGAGAAAGGUCAGCUGGCAAGAGUCCUGGGUUUUUUUAAUUUAGUUGCUUUAGGUGUUGGAUCGACUUUGGGCGUUGGUAUUUACGUUCUCACAGGAUAUCUAGCAAAAGAAGUUGCAGGUCCCGCUGUCUGCUUAUCAUUUUUGGUCGGAGCAUUGGCAUCAUCUUUAGCAGGAUUAUGUUAUGCUGAGUUUGCUGCCCGGGUUCCCAAAGCUGGAUCUGCAUACGUCUACAGCUAUGUCACUGUCGGAGAAUUAGUUGCGUUUGUUACAGGCUGGACUCUUGUUCUUGAAUACCUUAUCAUUGCAGCAAGUGUUUCUCGAGGUCUCAGUAUUUACAUCGACUCGUUCAUUGAUGACAGGAUGAAAAAUUACUUCAAGUCGACGAUGCCGAUAAAUCUGUCGUUCCUUUCAAGUUAUCCUGAUUUUUUUUCCUUCGGCGUUAUUGUAAUCAUUGCAAUAAUGCAAUGCAUGGGUGUCAAGAAAUCAUCGUAUUUCAAUUCAGUUGCUACGGUAGUUAAUUUAUUAUCUAUUUGCAUUGUAGUAAUCGCAGGAUGUGUAAAAGCUAAAGCCAAAAAUUGGAAUAUUGCGAUUGAGGACAUUCCUUCUGACGUCAAAAAGCCAGGAGUUGGUGGAUUUAUGCCUUUCGGAAUAAGCGGAGUAAUGGCAGCGACGGCCAAAUGUUUCUUUGCAUUUGUGGGGUUUGAUGCGAUUGCAACUACGGGCGAAGAAGCAAAAAAUCCACAGAAAAAUAUUCCACUCGCGAUUAUGACAUCUCUUGCUAUAUGCUGCAUGGCUUAUUUUUUCGUAUCGAUAGCUCUGACAAUGAUGUGGCCAUAUUAUGAUCAAAAUCCCGAAGCGCCGUUUCCACACGUGUUCAAACAAUUAGAGUGGCCAAUUAUCAUGUGGAUCGUUAAUAUUGGCGCGAUAUUUGCUUGCUGCACUUGUUUAUUUGGCGCAAUGUUUUCUCUACCGAGAAUUUUGUAUGCCAUGGGAAAAGACGGCAUUAUUUUCAAAUUUUUCAGUAGAGUUAAUAAGAGAACCAAAACUCCUAUUGUCAGCACUUUGUGUGCUGGAUUUCUUGCAGGUUUUCUAUCAAUGAUCUUUAAUUUGAGUCAACUAAUGGACAUGUUGUCCGUUGGCACACUAUUAGCAUAUACUAUGGUUUCAAUGUGUGUGAUUAUUUUACGCUACCAAAAAACACACGAUAGCACACUCCCAGAGACUGAAAUAAAUCAAGACAUUUAUUAUUAUUGCAAGCAGAUCUUCAAUGUCAAUAAAAACAAAACCGCAACUCAAUUUACAAGCCGAACUGUUAUCUGGGGAAUUUCUAUAUUUUUUGCUUUAUCAUUAGUUAUUUGUCUGACUUGUCACUACGUGGAUUUGAAUAACGACGCUGGAAAUUUAUUUUGGUGUAUUUUUUUGUCCAUUGUCGUUCUAAUGAUGAUUAUCGAUGUGAUUAUUAUUUAUAGACAACCUGUUAAUUCAACAGAGCUAAGUUUUAAGGUUCCAUUCGUUCCUGCCAUACCUUGUAUCAGUCUUUUUAUGAAUGUUUUCCUCAUGGUUCAAUUGGAUAUUUUUACCUGGCUGAGGUUGAUGAUAUGGUUGGCAUUAGGGUUUUGCAUUUAUUUUUUUUAUGGGAUCCGUCAUAGUCGUCAACGAUUUAGAGAUAAUGCAGUGUCGCUUCAGAACACUCCCAAGACAUCGAUAACUAUUUUUUAACUUAUUAACUAACUACUGUUCGCUUUUUUUUAUUGAACAUAAUAUAAGUAAUAUAUAAAAAAUAUGUAGCGCUGUUUUUUUUAAUAAACUUUUUUUACCAACCCUAAGAUUUUUUCCAUUAAU